AUGGAGAAUGUGACUAUGUCUAACCUAAGUGUGGAUAGUAACACAACAGUGCUGGGUAACCAGACCUUGGGCGUUUGGACGGACUACACAACCGAAUACAAAGUGGCAAGCAUCUUUUUAGUGUCUCUUAUCUGCGGGGUUGGGAUAGUUGGUAAUAUUAUGGUCAUAUUGGUAGUUUUGACCACGAAACACAUGCGGACUCCCACAAACUGUUACCUAGUGAGCUUGGCCGCGGCUGACCUGAUGGUGCUGACUGCGGCUGGACUGCCCAACAUCACGGACGCGCUUUACGGCGAGUGGGUCUACGGUUACGCAGGGUGUUUGGGCAUCACGUAUUUUCAGUAUUUAGGGAUAAACGCAUCAUCUUGCUCCAUCACUGCUUUCACCGUUGAGCGCUAUAUUGCUAUCUGUCACCCUAUUAAAGCCCAAUUCUUGUGCACUUUGUCCAGAGCCAAAAAGAUUAUAAUGGUGGUUUGGGCGCUCACGUCUGCGUACUGCGUAAUGUGGCUUUUCUUGUCAGAUACAAUAAAGUUAGUCUAUGACAACGUGGUGCUGCUGAACUGCGCUUAUAAAGUGUCUAGGAAUUACUACCUACCCAUUUACUUCACGGAUUUCGCGGUGUUUUACGUGCUGCCGCUCAUGCUGGCCACUGUUAUGUAUGGACUAAUCGGCAGGAUAUUAUACCUCAACCCACUGCCCUCGGACCCGAAGGGCAACACCCAGAAGUGGAAGAAAGAGACCACCAGCCAAGGCGCACGAAUGGUCAGCACCAACUCCUCUAGCUCCACCACGGCAGCUUCACGCAGACAGGUAACAAAGAUGCUUGCUGUGGUGGUCAUCCUCUUUGCCUUGCUCUGGAUGCCCUACCGGACCUUGGUGGUGGUCAACUCCUUCCUGGACGAUGCCUACCUGGACACCUGGUUCCUGCUCUUCUGUCGCCUCUGCAUUUACCUCAACAGUGCCAUUAACCCCGUCAUCUACAACGCCAUGUCCCAGAAGUUUCGCUCUGCUUUUCAGAAGUUGUGCCACUGUGGACCUCAACGAAUUGAGAAACCUGCCACUUACAGCUUAGCCCUGACCUAUAGUGUGAUAAAGGAGACAUCCAAUGGGGAAAGCCCUGAUCACUUCACCACAGAGAUGGAUGAACUGCACACGCCUAUGGAUCAUUACAUAUCCAACAAGAAAGUACAAUAUGGUGAAAGCUGCUCGGCAUCAGACAUGUCAAAGGACGAUGAUCCAGUGAAGUGA